AUGAAUGAAUUGGAGAAUGAAUUUUUGACUUAAUGUAAUAUCGAGAGUUCAGCAUUUUCUCAUUCUUAUGUAUUCAUAAUUCCUCCAAUAAAAGAUUGAACAAAUAUAUAAUGAGGUGCAUUUCAACAAUAUAUCUAAGAGAGAUUAGAUUGCAAGAUUAAAGAAGGAAGAAACAUAGUAUCAGAUUAAGUAAGAGAAAUAACAGUUGCAUGUUGAAGAGAUUGAGAAGGCUCUGGAACAAAAAUAGUAUUUGGAGAUAGAUUUAGAUAGAACACUCUAUUCAAUUGUAUGAUGGUAAUUUGAUAAAUUUAGUUGUUGAGACAGAAAUACAUAAAUGAUUUGGAGGAGCAACUGAGAUUGAUCAACAGUUUCUAUCAAGAUUUGCCUAUUGAGCAUAGGGAGAGUCAACAGACCAAGAAAUUAAGUUACCUAAGUUAUUCCAAAUAUAAAUUAAAUUAUGAUGAGUACAUUAAGCAAUUGGAAAAUAAGAAGGUUGAAGUAUUGGAUAAUUUGGAGAAAGUCAAAAAUGAAACAUAGCAGACUCAGUAGAACUAUUAUAGUUUAUUGCAAAAAAUAAAAGUAUUUGACACCAUUUUAUAAGUAAGCUUAAUAAACAUUAGCUGAAUAAGAAAAAACUAUACAAUAAUUGAAUGAUCAAAAUGAGACCAACAUCUUUAAAUUGCACGAGUAAAGAAAAGUAGUGAUAGAUUUGCAAGUGUUACAAAAAUUAGAAAGGUAUAAAAUUGCGAUAAUUUUACAUAGGAUGUAUUUGACAUUUGAAGAAGGAAUUAACGAAGACUUUGUUAGCGAGGAUAUCAAUAAGGUAGAUUGCAAUAAAGAAAUAACUGAUUUUAUGCAUAUGCAUCCCUUCGGAGUUUCAUUCUUAGUUGAGAAUCUCAUACAGCAAUACAGAAAAUAUUAAGUUCAAAUUGAUAGUGAGUCUUCCAUAGGCUUAGGUUUGAUGGAGGAAAAAUAAGAAUUACAAUAAGAAUUAAAAGAAUUAAAGGAGCUAUGUGAAAGAUUCUACUUAUAUGAUGAGGAAGAAGAAUCAGAUUCACAAUUUCAAGAUGUCCAGAAAUUGAUGGGAUUCUUAACCAUGAAGCAAUCUCAAAAUAAUUUUAAGUAGAAUCUAUUACACAAAGCAGAGUCCUUCAUAAUAAAAGUCUUCGGGAAUCUUUACAAUGCCAUCAAAAGGUGUACAUAUAUUACGAAUUUAUUAGAUUCAAUGAUAUCUUCUAGGCCAUCCAUCAAAAGAGAAUGGCUAUUGACUUAAAGUCUUCUCAAAUUGAUAGCAAAAUCAAAAACUUUUGUGCCAAUACCUAUAUUGGACAUUACUCACUAUCCUUAUAUUAAUAUAUGAAUAACCCAUUAACUUCGACUUAACCAGAUCUCUAUCAUUAAAUAUAAAAUGUAUCACUAUAUUGUUACAUAGAGCAUUAUUUUAAAACUAUAUGUAAAUGAAGACGCCUUGAACUAAUAUUUAUAAGCUGGAUCUACUUUUAUCAAACUAUAUUUGAAAGCUUCAGAUUAUUACUCCAAUUAAAUUCACACAAUGAUAGAAUUAGUCCAUUCAAUAACUUAAAUACCCAAAAGAUCGAAAUUUACUUAUAAUGACUCACCUUUAUUAUAAUAAAAUUACAAAAGCAAACUGAGUAUUGAGUUAUCUUAAAAAAAAAUAUCCUUAAGAACAGACACAGAAUCUAGAGCAUAAGUUUAAGUGAAUUUUAAAACUAAAACAACCAAGCGGAACUCUUUUACGAGUACUAUAGGAAGUUCAAGAAGGAUUUAAUAGGAUGCUAAUGAAGAAAACUAUUUAGAAUCUGAAAGAUAAAAAAUAAUAAAUCCAAAAAAUAGUAUUUCCAAUACAACCAAAAUUCCAUCAGAAUAACAAAAGUAUUGUAAUUUAUUGAGCGAAAGAGGUCAUGGAGUUGAAAAAAAAGUGAUCAUCCAAAACUUUAAAUCAUUAAUUAAACUGAGAUAAAUAAAAGUAUCUUAAUUAUUAAAUUAAUAAUAGAGAAAGCUUAAGACAACUCCAAUCACUCCAAAAAGCAUUAUUGGGUCAUCAUUAAUUUUCAAAUCGACUUUUAAAUGA